CUUUGAUUUAAGAUCUUUUUUACGUAGCUCGUGCUGAUCUUUUUUUUUUUUUAAAAAAAAAAAAGGAAAAUAUAAAAAAAUCGCCAAUCUCUAUCUCCAUUACUCCAUCACCAUGAUACCAGCCCCAAAGCGUAAACAGCGUGUCGUGUCAUCCUGCAUUCCGUGCUAUUUGAAAAAGCAGAAGUGCAAUCGGCAAUACCCCUGCAAUCACUGCACCAGGCGUCGACGACCAGAAGAAUGCACCUACAUAUCCAACCCUCGUCUAAGUCCCUCCCGGCAGAUGAGUGUGAGUUCCGGGACGGCACAAGAUAAUGUAGCACCGUCUGGCCAGAGAUUGUUAGAGGCGCCGCCGGUAGAGUCUAAUCAGCUGUCGGUACUCUUGCCGGAGAGGGAGAAGACCGAAAACAACCAGCAAGCUUCUCUCGCAGAUCUUUUUGGAUAUUUCGACGACAGUGACUCCAACACUCUCGGGUUAUUACGUCAGUUGAAAGUCGAAGAGACGAGACCUUGGCAAUCGAAUUAUUCAAAUUUGACUGGGGAGCUUUUGGAUGCCGCUCAACAUGAGAUGGCAAAGAUUCCAGCAAGGCCGAUUCUGGACUUUCUCCUCCAAUAUUUCAUACACGAGGUUAACUGGAUGAAUCAGCUCGUGCAUCCACCAAGCUUCUUAGCCGAAUAUGAGGACUGGUGGACGAGGAGACCCAUAACCAGAUUGCUAGACGUGGAAUUUGCCGUUCUAGUCUUGCGUAUUAGCGCGUACUGCUCGCAGUUCCUUCCUUCGCCAUCUCACACGGCUGAUAUGAUUCGCGGCGUCUCUUUGACUGAGAUACGAUCUCAAUGCAAUCGGAUAGCACAGGUGCUAGAGAAGAUAUGCGCACAGGCAGACACGACGGGCUCCUUAAUUCGAGUGCAGCACCUUUGUUUUGCCGCUCUCAACCAGCAGUGCGAAGGUAAUAUCAAGCUCUCGUGGGCGACGUUCGGCUCUGCUAUCGGGGUUGCUCAGAUGAUUGGAAUUCAUAGAGAACCUACCGGGACUGCUUCGCAAGUGAUGGAUGAAUUCGAGCGUGAGAUGAGGCGGCGGAUAUUUUGCAAUCUUUAUAUUUGGGACGCGCGCCUAUCAAGCUCUCUCGAGCGCCUUCCGUUCCUUUCUGACGGGUUUUGUACCACGAGCUUACCAAAGGUACAUCAGAUCCAGGAUCUCGAAAAGAGUGGCGCUCCGGAGGCGUUUAUGGAGCGGAUCUUACAAGCCCGAUUGGCACGAUUUUGGAACGACUUUAUCGGUACUAGAAAUAGCUCGGUAUCAUACGACCCCAGCGCCGCAGAGGAGCGUUACGAAAGAUUUUGCGCUGAGUUUAUCACGAAUAUUCCCGCCCCGUUUGCUUUGGACCCGAAUAAGGAAUGGGAUAUGGGCAUUCCGAAUUUAGGACGACAGCGGCAACUCUUUCACGUUGCAAUAUACAAUUCCGUCUGCAACAAUUUUAAACCGCUGCUUGGCCUAGAGCCGAGCCAGAUCGCCGAUCUUCCUAAAUAUAAGCAGGCAAUUCUUCAACAUCAGAGGAGGAGUUUAACAAGAGCAGCACUAAAUAUGCUCGACGCUAUCACGACACUUCAUUGGUUAUUAGGUGCCACGCAUACGCGCUUAUUCGACAUAAUUUUCCAUACGUUCGAAGCGGCAGUCCUCCUCUCUUGUCUCUGCUUAGUCGGCGGACCCGACCACAGCGAAGAUGGGGAGUCAGGUACGCAAAUAGGCAUGGACGACGACGGGCCGGGAUUUCCUGCUUUCUUCCGCCUAGUUGAUCCCCUGGCAACUCGACCUCUGGAUAUCAGCCAAGCUAGGUGUGUUGAAGCUAUACGGGAAGCGCACGGUCGAUUACAGAUGCUAGCAGAUCUCAACGCGAUGGCGGAAGCUGGGGCUAGGACUCUAGGAAAACUUCUAGAACGUAUAGGAGAGUGUAGCACGCCAGAUGAUGAUACCUUAGGCACCCCGUCAUCUUCAUCCGUGACGCACGUCAUAACGGCAAGCAGUGGUCCGAUGAUGGGAAAGUUUGAGAUGCCGCACGCGGAUAUGGAUCUGAUGAGCGAUGACAUGAAUUGGUCAUCAAUCAUAGGGAUUUCUGAGGCUGAUUUUAAUUUAUCGCUAAGCAAUGUCGAUAUGGGGAUUGACCACUUUUAAUUGUAUACUAUUCUACCUAGAAGCUAGACUAUCUGACUUUAGACUCUAAAAUAGAGGGUUAGAUAACAAGUGAUACGACAAUUAUAUCUUUGAUUCACAACAUCU